AUUUUAAAAUAAAGUUUCCAAAUGAUUCAAGAAGAUUUAAAGGCACAAAAUAUGACUAAAAUAUUGCUAUAAGAAGAUAUCAUAGUAAAAACAAAUGUAUAAAUCAAACUGUUAGAAAGAAUUGUGCCCUUAAAAAAUUAUUUAGCAUUAAUAUAUUAUGAAGGAGGAUUUUAUGAAUUGUAUGAUAUUCAACAAUAAAAAAUUACUCUAACUGGAAAACUCCCAGAGAAAAUACGAUUUUUUCUAGAAAUAUAUACAAAGUUUUUUUUAAUUCUAAACUACUAGAGUGGUGAUAUUUCAUGAUCCAUCAGAUCUAAAAAUCAAAUUAUUAGAUUUGAACACAAAUAAAAUUAAUCCAAAUUUCGUUUUUUAAUCUAGUGAAAAAGUCAAUAUUAAGAGUGAUAAAUAAAGCAGAGAAAUUAUAGUUGACAGUAAAUAUAUAUAAAUUAAAUAUUAGAAUAUCGUCUAUUCUUUCUUGAUUGUGAAGAGAAAUCAAUCAAAUAUUUAAUUUCCCAAGAUUUAGAAAAAUAUUAUUCAGAUAACUAUGUUUGUCAUUUUACCAUAAGAAUUUUGCCUCUUUAUUAUACUCCUGAAACAUUGUUUAACUUAGAAAUAGUGAUUAAAUAUGAUUAUUCUAACAGUAAUGCUUAGAUUGAACUAUUUUAUUGGUAAAUAGACAAAGAAACUAUAGCUGUCUAUGGGUAAGAUAAUGAAUAAAAUUAAUCUGAAAUUCUAUUAAUUAAACCUCAUUUAUUGGAAAAAGCAUUCUAUAUAGUUCCUACUAAAUAUUAAAGUUCAUAUACAAUUAUGAAUGUAACUAACUGGAUUAACCCUCAUUAAGUUGCUAUUUGGACAAAUUGUAAUGAUGAAACAACAAGACCUAGUAUAUUUACUUUUGAUUUAAGAAAUUAUUAUGAUGGAUAAAAUUGGUUACCUGGACCUGAAUCUAAAUUAAUUUUAGUAAAAAAUUAAUUUUAUUCAUCCUUAGGUCUUAGAUGAGUAUGUAGAAUAAGAACCUGCAAUUUUUAUGGAUAUAUAUUAAUUUAAUUUUGGGUCUACUUAUGUUCUUUAAAUUAGAUAAAUUGGUGAUAAUUCCAAGAUAUCUCUUAUUAAUUAUCAAAAUAUUUAAAAGCCAGAAAUUGUUGAUGCAUUUAUUCUUAAUUCGUUUUGGAUUCAUUCAGCUGUUGAUCAUUCUUACAUUAUACAUUUUAAUGACUUAUAGUAUUAAUAUUUAUUAUCAUAAUAAGAGUUGAAGAUUCAACAGUUAAUUUUAAAGUUAUAUCUCCAGUUGAAAAUAAUAAAUUAUAAAAUAAAAAUGAAUUUAAUGAAAUAAUAUGA